AUGUCGGGUCGCACAUCGUCACACGAUGAAGAUCUAUUAUUGCAAGAUUUUAGCCGAAAUGUAACAACAAAAUCGUGGGCUUUAUUUUUUGGUAAUGCUGCGAUUGUUUCAGCUAUACCAUUAUCAGUGAGCACGUUUUUUUUAAAUAAAGCAUAUAGCAAUAUGAAAUUUAUUUUAAAACAUAAAAUUGCACAAAAACGUGAAGAUGCUAUCGGCCGUGAAAUAAAUCGAUUGUUUGCCAUUGAUAAAAAUGCCAGUAAAAAAGAGAAAGAUGAUCGAAAUUUUGCGCCAACAAUGUAUCCUUUUGUAUUUGAAAAUGAUGAAAAAGACUGA